AGCCUCCCUUCAUGCGGUUUCAUUCAUUGCCACGUUUGGGUACGUGGCAUGUCGAAUAAUUUGCUCCACUGUGACAGCCGCGCGCCGCGGCAUUUCGUGGCUGGUCUCGUGCAGAAAGACAUAAUGGAGGCCUGAAGACAGUUUUUUUACGCGCCACAAGGCCAAAAUUGGGGCAGCUAGUAGCGGUGACUGUCCGUUUUCUUCUUAUAUGAGUGCUGUCGAGCAAUGGAUGAUAGCUGGGGUUGUGAACAGGGAUUCUUCGAAGCUUCGCCGUUUGGUGGUUCGCAGUCACUCAGCGAAUUAGUUGAAGGACUUGUUGCAAGAAAAGCGAAUGGUAGCGAUGCAGCUGAUUACACAAAUCCAGCAAAUGAUGGGGUUCAAGUAGUACCUUGUGUCAUCAGAAAGAAACUACGGUUCGCUCCAAAAAUCCUCAAGAAGAAAAGCACACUCAACAAAGUGUCAAGUGAACCCAAUCUGAAACACGUCAGGUUCGAGGUUGAACAACUACUUGCGCGAGAAGGGAACGUUGAGGACCGAAAUGUAGCCCGCGAACGUCUCGUCGUGUCAUUGGGAGGAAAUGCACCGAAAGGUGCGCCUGUGAAUUACAAGGUUCUUAAAGAGCAGCGGAAGAAGCAGAAGAGUGACGAAGCAAAGAAGGCUAAGGAAAUGAGAUCACUACUUCAAUAUCACCAUCAUAAAGCGAAGUCUCGCAGGCACUACUUUGUCAUCCGAAUGCCUCGCUCACGUUCUCGCUCAAUGAGCAGAAGCCGCUCACGAAGCCGCUCAGGAUCCCCAGCUAAAAACGGCAAUGGAGUGCGCGUUAGGUCCAUGUCUCGAACAGCGUCGAGAUCAGGAUCGCGUACUCGCUCCCGCUCUCCGGUGAAGUCCUACUCGCCCCGCGACAGGCGCGAGCGCUCCCGUUCGCCGGCGCGGCGCUCCAGGUCGCGUUCGCCUUCUCGUCGUGGGAGACGUUCUUCUCGUUCUCCGUCGCGAAGUGUGAGCCGUUCUCCGCGGCGUGACAGCAGACGCUCACGCUCUCGCAGUCCUCGUCGUCGUGACAGCUAUGCGCGCAGUAGGCGUGACAGUGACGAUAGGUACGACAGGAGCGGUGGAUGGAGAGGACGCAGAUCGAGAAGAGACGACCCGGAUCCCUCCAGGUGCCUUGGCUGUUUCAAUUUGAGCGUCUAUACCACUGAAAAGGAUCUGCGAGAGCUGUUCGGAGAGUUUGGAGAAAUCGAAAAAGUGGAGCUUGUUUAUGAUCAUCCCACUGGCCGCUCACGUGGCUUUGGUUUUGUAUAUUUUGAGCGUCUCGAAGAUGCUUGCACAGCUAGAGAUAAAUUGUCUGGACAAGAGAUAGAUGGACACAAGAUUCGCGUUGACUAUUCCUUAACCAAAAGAGCACACACUCCUACGCCUGGGCAGUACAUGGGUGCUAUUCGUGGUAGUCGAAGGAACUACGGAUAUGGCAGUGGAGGUUACAGAAGUGAACGUCGAGAGUCUUAUCGUGACGGGUACGCGGGCCGAAGCAGCCGCCGUCGAACGCCAUCGCCGCCUCGUCGGGAACGUCAUCGCUCUCGCUCCUAUGAUUAAUCAGGUGUAGCUGCUAAUCAGCUGUCAAAUAAUUCUGUUAAUAAAACGGUGGACAUUCCCGCACAUUUUUUUCCUCCUAUGCAAUUUCUUUAGCAUAUUCUCUUUAAUUUUUCUCUUGUUUUUCUUUUGCUUUGGUUUAUCGUAUAUUAGCGUUUACUCACAGUGGUCUCCACAUCAGCGUGUACUGCAAUGUAUAUUUUUUUGUGUUAGUGGUUAGAAUAAAUGUUGCCUUUAAAUG